GGGUAACCCAUUCCACGAGAAAAAAAAAAGUUUCCCCUAAGCUAUGCGCGAUAAUACUCGUGAUGAUACCUUUCUCCCUGUCUGUAACUUUUGUCAGCUGUUCAAUUACCUGCACUCAAGGAGUUUCAACCGUGGCCUUGAUGCUUUUUUUUUUUUGCCCAAUGUUCAAUCCAUCCUACCCGUGCUUAGUGUCGCCUGCUUCGCGUCAUAUCUGGAAUUCCAUUUUUUUUCCUCGCAUAAUCGAUGCUAGUCUUUUUUUUUAUUUUUAUUUUUACACUUGUUCCAGUAACGGCCAAGUCUGGAAAAGCUUGAACAGAUUUUCGCUUUUUUUUUUUUGGAGCGGCGAGUGAGAUCGGUUAGGUUCAUUGUUGCACCAUGCGAGCAGAUGAUCGUGUGGCUACAUACCCUUGCGUUUCAGCAUAGU